CAUUUCACCUGAAACUCCGCCCGCCCGCCCGCAAGAAUGAAGAUGAAUUCCACAGCGAAGGUGCUCGCCGCGGCGCUCACGGUCGCCCUCAUCUGUUUGUUUUUGAACGAUCCCGUGUCGGAAUACUUUGCGCACGCGAGUCCGGCAGAGGACGACUCCUGGUUCACGCGGCGCUUCGACAAAUCCGUCGAACCGUUUUUAACCGGGAAAAAGAACCUUUCCGCGGACGCGUUCGACUGGUGGAAGCGGUUGCAGCCGUUGGAAGAACAGACCGUCGAUGACUACCGAGCGGCGGCGGAUGGCUUGUUGAAGACGUUUCCGGCCAUGUCGAAGGGAGCGCGGCGCUGCGGAACGUGCGCGGUGGUGGGCAAUUCUGCAAAUUUGAAAGAUUCUCAUUAUGGACGGCUGAUCGAUAUCCACGACGCGGUGCUGAGAAUGAACAAAAGUCCCGUCAAAGGCUACGAAGACGACGUGGGCAGCAAAACGACCCACCGCCUCAUGUAUCCCGAGAGCGCCGCCGACUUGGACGACGUCACUCAUCUCGUGCUGGCCCCUUUCAAGAUCAUGGACAUGGUGUGGCUGCAAAAAGCCCUCACCACCGGUUUUCCGGGAAAGACGUACGAAGCGGUGAGGUCGACCGUUCGGGCCAACAAGAAUCUGGUGAUGGCGCUCAAUCCGGCCUUCAUCGCUUAUGUUCAUCGAACGUGGCUGAGGAGGAGCGCCGGAUAUCCCUCCACAGGAUUCUUGGCCGUCAUUCUUGCCCUGCACAUAUGCCGAGAGGUCCGCGUGUUUGGUUACGGCGCCGACAGCGACGGAAACUGGAGUCACUACUGGGAAAAACUCCGCCAUCCAAAACUCGGAACGGGAUUGCACUACGGAAAAGAGGAGUAUGACGUCAUCCAAAAGCUGGCCGUGCGACAAAAAAUCCAUUUUUUUAAAAACUCUUCUCCAAAAUUUUGAAAAGAUUGUACUUUUUUGGGGGGGGGGGGUAGUUGAGCUUAUAUUCUGUAACGCGCGUGUGACGACGGGGGCUCCCAUUUGACCCCCAACCUGCGGGCUUAACAAAAACACCGAGGAUCACGUGACGCUCAACAUUUUCUCCGGGCUAUUUUGCGCGAUGCCGGGCUACCGUGGCUCGGCAAGA